AUGGCCUCUUCCACUCCAACAACCACGGCUGGCUAUCGAAUAGACCUCACUGCCGGCAACUUCGAUGGCCUCAAACUGGACACUUCGAUGCCCAUCCCCUCGCUGGGCCCACAUGACUGCCUCGUGGCCAUGCGCGCAGUCUCCCUAAACUAUCGGGACAUUGCUAUGCCGCUCAGGAUAUACCCCGCCUACACUCGAGAGGAUGUCGUGCCGUGCUCAGACGCGGCCGGGGUGGUGGUCGCGGUGGGCAGCGGGGUCAAGUCCUUCGCCGUCGGGGACAAGGUAUGUCCCACCUUCUUCCAGGACUUUGAGGACGGGUACCCAACCAAGGAAUGUCGGGCGACGAGUCUGGGAGGAUUAAACGACGGGGUGCUCCGGAGACACGCCGUCUUUGCCGAGCGCGGGUUGAUCAAGAUACCUGGAUUUCUCAGUGCGCGGGAAGCGAGCACCCUGCCUUGCGCCGCAUUGACGGCGUGGAAUGCCCUGUUCGGCGUCGAGGGCCGCGCGUUGAAGCAGGGCGAUUGGGUCCUGACCCAGGGGUCUGGGGGUGUCAGUGUCUUUGCCCUGCUGUUCGCGAAGGCACUCGGUGCGCAUGUCGUCGCCACGACUGGCGACCGGGGAAAGGAGCAGAGACUACGGGAUCUCGGGGCAGACCUCGUGCUCAACUACCGCGACGACCCGACUUGGGGCGUCGCUGCGCGCGAGUACAUCGAGAAACAGGGCGGCACGGGAGCUCAACACAUCAUCGAGGUCGGUGGCGAGACGUCCAUGGAGCAGAGCCUGAAAGCCGUGGCGCCCGAAGGCAUCAUCUCCAUCAUCGGGUUCCUCGGCGGCUCAGGGACUUCGGAGAGAAAGACGGGGUUCUGGGACUGUUUCGCCAGCGCCUGUCUGGUCAGAGGCGUGCUCGUGGGCAGCAAGAGGCAGUUUCGAGAGAUGCUCGCUUUCAUGGAGGACAAGGGCGUGAGACCGGUGGUGGACGAGCAGGUCUGGGGGUUUGAGCAGGCCAAGAAGGCGUACGAGUAUCUGCGGGCGCAAAAGUUCUUUGGUAAGGUGGUGAUUGAGAUUGAAGCGUGGUAG